AUGCCCGUCAAGCACUGCCUCACCGACGCCGAGUUCAAUACCGCCGUGGCUGGCGCUGCCGGCAAGCCCUACAUCGUUGACUUCUUCGCUGAGUGGUGCGGCCCAUGCAAAAAUAUCGCCCCGGUGUUCGCGCAGCUGUCCAACAAGUAUCCCGGCGUCGAGUUCAUCAAGGUCGACGUCGACAAGUGCCCAGACACCGCCAUGGCCAACUCGGUCAGCGCCAUGCCCACUUUCAACAUGUAUGUCAACAACGCAAAAGUCGGAACACUCCGGGGAGCUGAUCCGAGUGCCCUUGAGGAGCUGGUGAAAAAGUAUGCUGAUGCUGGGGCGAGCGUUGACGCUGCUGGAUUCCUUGACCUGUCUUCAUUUAUCAACAAGAAUCAGUCCGAGGCGAUGAACAACGAUGAUGACACUCCGCUAGAUCAAUUUUUGGAAGGCCGUUGCAACUUGCGAUCAGACUGUGAUGAGCAAUUGAUUCUGUCGAUCCAGUUCAACCAGCCCGUCAAGAUCCACGAUUUGCUCGUCAAGGGCGCUGGUGAUCGAGCACCAAAGAAAGUGCGCUUGUUCAUCAACCUCCCAAAAACGCUGGAUUUUGACCACGCGUUGGGCGCUGAGGCCGUGCAAGAAAUUGAGCUCGAUGACUCCUCGAAAUCAGUCGAUGGUCAAUCGGUCCCGCUGCGAUAUGUGAAGUUCCAAAAUGUGCAGAACAUCCAACUCUUUAUCGAGAACAACCUUGGGGGUGGUGAUGUUACCGAGCUAAGCGGUUUGAAGUUCAUCGGACAAACCCUGGCUGCCAUGAACAUGAGUGACUUCAAGCGUGUCUCCGGAAAGGCUGGUGAAGUCGACCAU